AUGGCGACGAUGAAGACGCGCAGCUCCGAAGGCUGCUGGACCUGCCGGCUGCGGCGCAAAAAAUGCGACGAGCUGCGGCCGCUGUGCGGCGGCUGCGCGCUGCUCGAGAUCGACUGUCUCUACUGCGACGAAAAGCCCGAAUGGAUGGACGGCGGUCAGAGGCAGAAGGAGAAGGCCGACCAGCUCAAGACCGAGGUCAAGCGCAAGGCCAACCAGCGACGCGAGCGCCGAUACCUCUACGGCCUCGAGAUGGACCUCGAGGCUCUCGACGUCUCGCAGCUCGACGACAGCGACAACCAGCCUAGCACCGCCCCCGAGUUCGUUCUCGCGUCGCUGCCGCCGCCUAAUACUGCCGCCGCCGCCGCCGCCACCGCCACCGCCACCGCCGCUACUGCUGCUUCUGCUGCUGCUGCUGCUGCUGCUGCUUCUGCUUCUGCUGCUGCCGCCGCUGUCUUCGCUGCUCCGUUGUCUUCAGUCUCGCCAGGAACACUCCAUUCCGGCUCCGAGUCUGGCAGCCGUCGACCCGACUCGUCGCCCUCGUUCCCCUCGGCUAUGACCCCAAGCACUUCGGCCAACUCGGACAGCUCUGUUGCCGGCCUCAGCCCCCCCAGGGACGAAUGCUGGACUAGCAUGCCAUUCAACGACACCGACCUGCAUGGCCUCAUGUUGUACCUGGACCACGUGUUCCCCUUCCUCUUUCCUUUCUACCGACCGCCGCUGCUCGACUCGGGACGAGGCUGGCUUCUCGUCAUGCUCAACCGCAACAAGUCGCUGCUGCACACCGCCCUCAGCCUGGCCUCGUACUUCUUCAACGUCGUCCUCUCCCACGUAACCGGACUACACGAGUCUUGCAGGGAACACAACGGGAGGGAGCUCCAGCGGCAGCAGGAAUUGGCACUGCAGGAGCUGCGGCGCGAUAUGAACGAUACCGUCUCCCGCGGCGUCAAGGGCUAUCUCGCCGAGACAACCCAAGUCAUGGCAAGCGUCAUCCAGCUUCUGUCUUUCGAGGUUGCCAUUGCAAACACAGGCAACUGGGUCAUGCACCUGGAGGCCGCAGCCGAGCUGUACAACGAGAUGGUCAAACAUCACGGCACUGCUGUGGAUGGCGAGGCGUCAGACUUUUGCUUCACCUACAUGCUUGUCCAGCUGGGGUCGAAGCCUUUCAUGCACACCCCCAAGAACCACCCCUGGAGCCCAGACCAGGCCUCCUUGCGCUUCUUCACCGCCUGCCUCCUGUUCUUCGACACCAUAGCCAGCACCGCUCUCGAGCAACCCCCUCGUCUCCUCUACCUACACAGAUCCCUCCUCACGGAGCCCGACGAAGAGACGAGGCGGCUCAUGUCAGAAGCCGAGAAGGAAUACCAUCUCCCACAUAUCGACCUGCUAGAGUUCCUCGGGCUGCGGAACUGGGUCGUUAUCUCCAUCGCCGAGAUCGCCGCGCUCGACGCCAGCAAGAAGGAGGCCAAGAAGGCCGGGUCGCUUUCAAUGACGCAGCUGGUCGUCCGCGCUACCGCCAUUGAGCAAGGCCUCCGCAACAACAUACAGACCCUGUCCAGCGAGCCGUGCAAUGAGCCACAAUUUGCCAUGUACCCCACUAAAUCUCUCUCCGACGACCCCAUAAUGCAGUUCGCCAUCUUCGGGAAUCUGUAUUCGCCCCAGGUGCUCGACAUGACGUCUGCCAUCUCCGGCAUAUGGGCACAGGCCGCGCUGACGUACCUCAACGUGGUCGUGUCGGGCUGGCAGCCUGCAAGCCCAGAGAUACGCACUUCGGUGACGCUCACCAUCCAGAUGCUGCGGUCCCUGAAAUCGCCGAGCUACCUGCGCUCCGUGGUAUGGCCUUUCACAGUUACCGGAUGCAUGGCCGCCCCGGAGGAAGAGCAGACCUUCCGCGACAUGGUGGCCGCCAUGGGCCCGCUACAGCUGUUUGGCUCCAUCAGAGAGGCGCUCGCCAUCAUGGAGAAGGUGUGGGCGAACCGCGUGCAGAUCGAGGAGAAUGCCGAUCAAUGGGACUUGGCUGCAUGUCUCAGAGUCCUUGGCCGCCCUGCCUUGCUCGUGUGA